AUGAAUUUUUCAGAUUUACAAGACAUAGUAUCUAAUUAUGAGGAUCCUGAGGAAAUGUUUUUUCUCUGAGACAAAAUUGGUGAAGGCGCAUACGGUUCUGUAUUUCGUGGUAUCCACAAGCUAACAGGAAGCCGAGUGGCGAUAAAAAUAAUCCCAAUUGGUGAUGACAUUGAGUCUUUAAAAACAGAAAUCUCGAUUAUGAAGCAAUUAAGCCAUCCAAAUAUCGUUGGAUAUAUUGGAUCUUAUAUAAAAGAUGAUGAGCUAUGGAUGAUAAUUGAAUACUGCGUUGCUGGCAGUGUUGCCGAUUUAAUUAAAGUUCAGCUACUGCCAGACUUACUGUAUGGUUCCCAUCCUCCGGGUUCCAGAGUCCUCUUCUCUGAUUAUUGCCGGUGGUAUGUGAAGGGCCUGUGCCUAUUUGCUCGCCAUUUGUCCGUUCUCAGCAUAAGCUGAUCCUGCACAGUCGCUUUGUUUUGACCCUCUGCAGAAUGCCUGUGGUCAGGCGUUGUGACAGGGAAAAACCCUUUAUAAGAGGCAAAACCCACCUGCAUAGGGAUUAAUUUAAUUAAAGUCAAUAAAUCGCCGUUAAAUGAGCAGCAAAUUUCAAGCAUCUGUCAGGCAGUUUUAAAAGGAUUGAAUUAUUUGCAUGAAAAUAAUAAAAUUCAUCGGGAUAUCAAGGCUGCAAACAUUUUAAUUGAUCAUAGAGGAGUCGCUAAACUUUGCGACUUUGGAGUUUCAGCCCAUGUUUUGAACAAGAACUCUAAAAAUGACACAAUAAUUGGGACCCCUUUGUGAAUGUCUCCUGAAGUGAUUUCUAAGACACACUAUAAUAAUAAAACUGAUAUUUGGUCAUUAGGGAUUACCGCCAUUGAAAUGGCUGAAGGGCAGCCACCUUAUUCUCAUCUUCACCCUAUUAGAGUUAUGCAAGCAGUUCAAAGAAACCCUGCUCAAGGGCUAUUUGAACCUAGCAAAUGGUCUCACGAAUUUAACGAUUUUGUUCAUGAAUGCUUGCGAGUAAACUUUCAAGAAAGACCUAGCUCAAAAGAGCUACUAAAUCAUCCUUUUAUAAGAAAUUCGCUUGGGAAUAAAAUUUUAUAGGCAUUUUACCAAUAUUGCCCGAUAUGGGCCGAAAGUUGAGAGCACUUCCUCUCAAAUUGGUUUGACCAACUUAGGGUUGGCCAAACCAACCAGAGAGUUUAGGGAGUUUCCCUCUCCUGUUUGUUGGGACAACCUAAGUUGGUCAAAUCACAUUACAUUAGAAUUAUUACGCUUUACGUCCACCAAGGAGGUCAGCAAGAACCGGACCUAUCACCUUCUCUUCCACCUAUCGGGCCCACAGGCCGCCGGUCCAACCUGCUUUGUUUCACCAGCGCAGGCUUGGAGGGGUGUUACCGACUUCGACGACUCAUGAGUGAGUUACUGGCUGUACCUUAACGUAGUUGCCAUUCCGAAAACCCAAAAAAUGGAUUUUCUGGUAGGCUCUCGGCAAAAAGGAAAACAAGUAGCCCAGGACGUAACGCCUGGUUUCACGCUAGGGAGUUGCCCGAUGGACCGUGUAGGCUUUGCUGGCUUCCCUUUCCAACUACCUGCCUCCUUUACCUACGAGGUAAAAUCCAUCCCAGGAGAUAAGCUUGGGCUAGGCUCUGAACACAACCAGAAUUGCUUACCUAGCAUUGCUGCUCACUUCUAGAAUGGCAAAACCUUGCCAGAUAUAAUUAAAGUAUGAGUCGAGGCUGCAUGGCCUCCCGGCCAUGCCCAGACGAAGACGCCAUAUUUUAAUUAUUAAGUUGGUCAAAUCAACUUGAGAGGAUGUGCUCUCUACUUUCGACACAUAUCGGGCAAUUUAGGCUAAAUGCAUAUAUCUCAGCUUGUAUCUAAUUCUUUGGCUAACAUUGAAAAAUAUAAAAACUCAAAGCAGAGCGAAAUAGAGAGUGAUAAUGAAGAGAUUGAAAAUAUUAAUGAAAGUGUUAUUGUCAAGGACUUUAAUGACAGCCAAUGAGGAUCGGUUGCUAGUAAAAAUGAGCCUGUAAAUAAAGAAUUUAUUUUCAGUACACAAGUAAGCUCAAGGAAUUCUAUUGUAGAUUAA